CAAAAAUCUUUGCAGUACAACAUUCAUCAUUGUUGUCUACAUUGAUGAUUGUUUUGUAUUGUUUAACGGUCACACAAAUUUUUGUACGUGGUCAAUUUAUACAUAUUUUUGAAGUGCAAGAUGAAAAUCGUGCACCAAAGUCAGAUCUAUUUGAUCCAUCACAAUAUAAAUAUGUUUCACCAUCACAAUUACAAAAACAACAGGAACAGAAUAAAUUGCUACAAUUACAGAAUCAAGCGGCUAAUACUAGGCCAAGCUCAUCAUCAUCAUCAUCAUCAUUAUCAUCACGAUCAUCACCAUCAUUUUUGAACGUCGUUUCUGAUUCAUCAUCAUUGCCACAAUCACCAAUAAUAUCGCGUACAUCUAUUGAACCAAUUAUAAAUGCACCACAGGUACCGGAAAUACGACGAACAACACCAACAUCAUUACAACAAAGUUCUGUUCAAUAUGUUGAUGAUAAUUUAAAUAAUAAUCAUAGCCAUACUCAUAAUCAUAAUCAUCAUCAUCAUCAUCAUCAAUAUCAACCACAACAACAACAACAACAACAUCAUCAAAGUAAUCGUAUACGUAUUGGAUCAAUACCACGAUCGAAUCAAAAUGCCUAUUCAGCUGCAAAUCAAAAUAUUAGCAUUAAUAAUAAUAAUAAUCAUCAUCAAUCAAUAAUAACCAAUAGUUCUUUGUUGCCAAAUAUUACUUAUAUGCGAUCAAUUAGUCGAUUAUUACAGCCAAAUAUUUCGGCUACAGUAUUGCCACCACUAACAACAACAACAACAACAACUGUAUCACAAUUACCAAUUACUACCGGUAAUCAAAUACCGGAACAAUAUGAUUCGGAAAUUCGUAAACAGCUUCGUAUGCAACAACAACAACAACAACAACAACAGCAACAGCAACAUUCAGAGAAUCGAUAUAGCCGUACACAACCAUUACGAGUAUCAGCACAGAAUCAACGACAAUAUGUGGUGCGUGUGCCUGCUCCAUUUUCGGUGAACAUUUCCAAUCUACAGCCAUCACCAAAUUUAUUACCACAACAACAAUUACCACCAAAUAUAAAUCAAUUACCACAACCAACACAGAAUCAAUAUACGCCCAUACAGAUUAUUGUACCGCCAAAUGGUCAGAAUUCAAGUCAAUCGGCAUUACGAUUGUCCACUUUGAAUUCCGUUCUAAUUGCUGGUCCACAAGAUAAUAGAGGUAUACCAUCGAGCUUGUUGAAUUCGUUUUUACAACGAACUCAGAAUCAAUUACAAUCACAAUCAGCACAAUUGCAGCCACAGCAACAACCGAUUCCAACACGACCACAACAACAAUCGCAUCAUCAAAUAAUUAAUCAACCACAGCCACCGUAUGCAGCUAAUUUGCCACAAGUAUUCGCCUCAUCUCAACAAACUCAAACCCCAUCACAAUCGUCGAUUGCAUCAGGUCAUCAAUCAUCGAAUUCAUUACAACAGCCAAAUAUCAUUGCAACAAAUUUAAAUAGUGCUCCAACUGGAAGAUCGGUUAACGGAGUUUCCAAUAAUUCACUUUCAUCAUUGUUUAAUCCACCAAUAACCAACAAAGAAAGUUUGACCGAUGAAGAUAUUAAAUUGAUAGAAGAACAUAAUCGCAAAGUAAGGCUUUUCUUACAACAAAGACAAACAGAAUUACAAGCACAACAAGAACGAUUGCGUCAACAAAAAUUAGCCGAAGAAGCUGCGACUAUGAAGGCUCAACAGGAAGCAGCUGCUCGAGCCGCUGUCGAACAAGAACGCAUUCGAAGAAUGAAAGCUGAACAAGAAGCUGCAGCCCGAGCAGCAGCUGAAACGGAACGAAUUCGAAGAUUGAAAGCAGAACAAGAAGCAGUAGCUCGUGCAGCUGCUGAAACGGAACGUAUUCGAAGAUUGAAAGCAGAACAAGAAGCAGCAGCUCGUGCAGCUGCUGAACAAGAACAGAUCCGACGAUUAAAAGCUGAACAGGAAGCUGCUGCUCGAGCAGCAGCAGAGCAAGAACAAUUACGGAAACUUCGCGAACAACAAGAAGCUGCUGCUAGAGCUGCUGCAGAACAGGAAAGAAUCGCUCGACUUCGUGCUGAACAGGAAAGAAUUCAAAGAAUUCGAGCAGAACAAGAAGCAGCAGCUCGAGCAGCUGCAGAGCAAGAACGAAUUCGACGACUAAAAGCCGAACAGGAAACGGCUGCUCGUGCAGCAGCAGAACAGGAACGAAUUCGAAGAUUAAAAGCAGAACAGGAAGCUGUGGCAAGAAUCGCUGCUGAACAAGAAAAAAUUCGCCGAUUAAAGGCCGAACAAGAAGCUCUUGAACAUCAAAGAUUGCUAAAACUUCGUGAAGAACAAGAGAUGGCAGCACGAGCUGCUGCUGAGCAUGAACGAUUGAAAAGAAUUCGUGAAGAACAAGAACGUUAUCAAAAAUUGAAAGAACAAGAAUCGGAACAUGAACGACAACGACAAUUGCGUGCUCAACAUGAAGCAGCGAUUCGGAUGGCUGAGGCUGAACGUUCUUCAAGAUUGCAAAGAAUUCAAAAUGCACAGGAAUUGGCUGCUUUGCGAUACCAGAAUGCACAAUUACUUGGAACUUCGAAUAUAACUUCAAAUAAUCUAUCCUAUCAGCCGGAACCAAGUUUAGCAAUCGAUGAAGCUUUACUGAGCAAUAAUAGACAAUCAACUGUUUCACGAUCUCAAGUUGAUAAUGCAGGCCUUGUUGACGCAGCUCGUAUUCGAGCCGAAAAGGAGGCAUUGGCCGAACAAGAACGUUUGUUACGAUUUCAGGCCAGUCAACAAGCGUUAGCACAACAACAAGCAGCCGAACAGAAUCGUUUACGAAGACUGCGUGAAGAGGAAUUGCUACAAGCAGAAGAAGAACGAUUAGCACGUGAAGCACAAGAACAACAAAUUCUUCGUGCACGUAACGAACAAAGUCGAUUGAUUAAUGCCGCUAGAGAGGCAGCAAUUCGUGAUCCGGCUACAAUGUCUUAUACACCUUACACUGAAGAUUUGCAUAAAUAUCAAACAGCCAAUGUUUCAACUCCACAACAAUAUGGUAGCCUUAAUAAUGUUCGAUCACCUGAGCCAGUUGUCACUCGACAGACAUCAUCACCACAAACGAAUUCGAUCAAUAUCCGUAGUAUCAGCGCAGAUUACACUGAUAGACAACCACAUCCCAAUCAAAUUGAUUCUUCUUCAUUAUCAUCAACAUCGAAAAAUGAAUCGCAUUUUAAACCGGCCAAAAUAAGUCUACAAGAACUACCACCAGAUUUAGAUAGAGAUGGUAUUCCAGGUGUUGCUGGUCGAGAUUAUCCAACAUUGACUGAAAUUCCAAAAACAUCAUUUUCAUGUGCACGACAACCAUUGAAUGGUUAUUAUGCCGAUACAGAAACUGCUUGUCAAGUUGUACACAUGUGUCAAAUGGGUGGUGUACAGGAUUCAUUUAUUUGUCCAAAUGGUACAAUUUGGAAUCAGGAAAAAUUUGCAUGUCAAUGGUGGUAUGAGGUGAAUUGUGCAACAGCACCAUCAUUUUAUGCUCUUAAUAAUAAUCUUUAUAAAGGAAAAUUUGAUGGAAAAAAUGAGCAGAGCUCAUUAGAUUCUCCAUCUGUUUCAUCAUCAUCAUCAUCAUCAUCGUCAUCAUCACCUACGUCGUCAUUUUCUCGACAGCUUUAAAAUACCGAUUAUUGGUCAUAUAUAAUCUCAUUACAUCAAUAAUUAUGCUCUUUUUUUGUGACAUCAAAAAUCAUUUUUCGGAUUUUUUUUUCUAUUUCCAAAUUGAUCAAUCAAUCACCAAACAGAAUGGUGAAUUCAACACGAAAUUUUCUUUUGCUUAUGGAAUAUCGAUGAUGAUUUUGAUUAUUUUUUUUUCUCAAU